GCCUCACCUUGACAUAAAAUCAUCUUAGAGUUGUAAUAAACUUACCCGUAAAGAAGUUGUUUUGAAACUGUAACAUUUAUGCAGCUGUUGUUACGUGAGUAGGCCCACUUCCUAAUGAAAAGAGAAACUUUAUUGGAGGUUUUCACCGCCAGUCCCAGACCAUGGAGGAGAAUUCGGAGUCACGCACGACGGCCACAGCUGAUAACGGUUCAAACUCGGACAGCAGUACCUCGACCCUAGCUUAUGACAAGCUUUUCGUCUGCUCUGCACCCGGGCUGCUGACCUUAUUAGAAAUAGUCUUUGGUCUCCUUGUGUGGAUGCUGAUUGGUGGGACAGAGUACCUGCAGGUGCCGGCCCUGGUCUGGGUCAUGUUGGUGUCCGUGGUGUGUUGGGUGCUGACCAUCUGUCUGCUCCUCAUCGGCCUGGUCAGUGGGCGCACCCGCUUCCCUCAGAUACCAUGGAACACACUGGAUUUGUGCUUUAAUAGCGUAGCAGCAUCACUGUAUACAACUGCUGCUGUAGUGGACGCUGCAUCCAUCACCCAAGCCAUCAGAGGGCGCCACAGUUACAACAGUUGGAUUGUCUCCACGAUUUGUGCCUUCCUUGUGGCUAUAUGCUAUGCAGUCAGUGCAUGCUUAAGUUUCAGAUCCUGGAAAAAUCAGAGAUGACAGGCCAAAUAAUGGAACAGAGACACGCAACAUCACAUACUAACAGUUUUACCUGGAAACUUUUAUUGAUCAUGUUUUUUGUAUUUCUCUGAAAAAACUCAAUGUGCUUGUUAAUUUGUAGGCCUGCACACAUCUUGCUGUAUGUUCAGACAUGUUUCCAGUACUAUUGUGUAGCAUUUGCCAAUUGGUCUUGGCAGUUGUUUGGUUGUUAUUAUUGGCCUAAAUUGAGGUCACAUAUGGAAGAAUUUUGCACAUAUUUUGAAAGCAGUUUCUAUGAUUUAUAUUACUUGAUGUAAAUAUUAGCAGCAUUUUCUGCCAAAACUGGAAUGUGCAUGCAUUAAACUUGAAAUGUUAUACAGAUAAUGUAAAAAUACGAAAUAUAUUUAGAUUAUGAAAGUUUGGAUUCAAAAUAUAUUUUUCUGAAUAUAUACGUGGAGAUAUAUAUUGUCUUUAAUGAUUAUAAUGUGUAAUAUUUCCACAUUGAAUAUCCAAAGCCUCCAUUUCCAACUGCAAAGCCUGACUUUGUUUACAAUUGUUUUCAUUGGCUUGCAAAUGCACCACAACAAUAUUUUGAUUGAGAAUAUUUUGUUUUGUUUGAUAUAUUUUGAGAAACAAAGCACUUUCAGCCACUCCAAAACAAACGACAAGGUUGGUAAAUACAUUGUCCACUCUUCCUUCCACCCUUAGAUCCAACAAAUGACAGUGUUGGGCGGUUACAGCUGAUUUAUUUGGAAGGUGUGGAAGCAAAAGAAAAGCAGUAUUUCAUAAUUUCCUCAUGGGGUGAUGAGAAUGUUAUAGCUGUUUCAAUAGCUCACAGCCCAUGGGUUGCACAGAGUUCCUUGGUAUCAUUAGAGUGUCUGUUUGCCACAGAUAAUGGUUAUUGUUAUAGCAAAAACAUAACAGUUUGCACGCAGUAAUGUGACCCAAUGAAAAAUGUGUUGUGCCCUGCUCUUUUCUGGCAGCACUCCCAUACUCUGCUCUUCAGCACUCCCACCCUCUGCUCUGCACUCCCACCCUCUGCUCUUCAGCACUGCAUACUCUCUGCUCUUCAGCAGCACUGCAUACUCUCUGCUCUUCAGCACUGCAUACUCUUUGUUCUUCAGCACUUUUCAGUCCACCCAAAAUUGCCCCAUCUGACGCGCAUGUAUAGGUUGAAUAUGACUUUUGAAUAUUUGAUCUCAGUAUAUUUGAUGGAGUUGCAAUAUAGAUGGAGAUGCAUUAUUUCAUUCAUUUAAUUUAUUUAUUAUAGUGGUUUCUUAAACAAAGAUGAAGACAUUCAAAUGAUGUGCUGAGUUUGUAAUAAUUUGUCAUCACUACAAUGAUCACUGACAGUGUGUAAAUGCAUUACAUUUGUGUAACUGCUCAGUAUUUAUGGAAUGCCUUUUCUGUGGAAACAUUUUCUAAAACAUUUCAACAUUGGUUUAUAAUUUAAUUUAUUUUCUUAAUUAUACAUUUUAAUGUUACAGAAAACAGACACACCUUAUUGGCAAAAUGAAUGGAGUAUAAAUCAUACAGUAUGCAUACAUGAACAUAUUACACUAGUAAAUAUGGAUACCUGGUUCUUCAUAUCCAGGUUCUAAAAUAAAAUCAGCUAUCAGUUGUGUUCAGUGGUUGCUCCUCAUUCCAAUUCCAUUUUGUUGAUGUCUGGCAUGGCCUUGGGACAAAGCACAUACGAUGUCGAAAUCUCUUGACUCACUUUUAGAGGAAACGCUAUUCUGUCUGCACAGACGAGUCUCCCCGCGGAGACUUCCCUCAUACCGCUGUACAUCAGAACAUGUCAAGAUUUCAGUGGAGUUUUGAGCAAAUUGAUGCACUUGAACUGAGGACCGUGACUCCUGAUACUAAUAUAAUGACGUGGUUAGUCAGUUAACUAAAUGUACCGCAAAUGAGUACAAAAUAUGACCACCGCUCAGUCCUGCACAUUCUCUCCACGAAAAUAAAUCAUGCUUGUGAA